ACACUUAUUCUUCUCAGCUCCACCCUUAUGAGAGACAGGUAUUUCAGGAAAAAAUAAGUAAAGCAUUUGGGCCAUUCCCGAAUUCACCAGAAUGGCUGCUAAAAACAUUUGUCACAGUUUGGCCAAGGGUCCAUAUAUGCAUCACAUAAAAAAGACAUUUAUUCUGCUGCUCACAUUAGCAUUUUUAUUGUCUGCUGUUGUUUACGUCUCUGAUUUCUCUUUUGAGACAACUACGUUCACUCAAACCUGGUUGACUAAAGUCAUGAAUUGGACUCAUUAUAAGGUAAUUAACAGCACUUUGGUUGGUCAUACUGAAAAGGAUUUAUUAUUUUCACUUUUGCCAAAUCAACAAAUCCAACGAAGAGCAACUAUUGCACAAACCACAGACAUUCCUAUCUAUCAUCAUGUGGCUCACCCAAGCAACUAUCAUUUUAUUCUGGAUGAACCUGAUAAAUGUAGUCAGUGGGAUCCGUUCCUGGUCUUUAUGGUCCCUGUGGCGCCCCAUCAGGUAGAGGCUCGUAACGCCAUCCGGAGCACAUGGGGGAAUGAGAGCUCAGUGCAGGGAAAAGCAGUGCUGACUCUGUUCUUGGUGGGUUUGACUGGAGGACCUGAAGCUCAACAGAAGCUGGAGGAAGAGAGCCGUCAACACAGAGAUUUAGUGCAGAGCAACUUUGUGGACUCCUACUUCAACCUGACCAUAAAGACAAUGGUGAUCAUGGACUGGUUGGCCACUCGUUGCCCUCAAGCAUCUUAUGCUAUGAAGAUUGAUUCUGAUAUGUACAUAGGCCUGGAGAACCUGAUGAGCCUGCUAUUGGCACCCAACACACCCAGAGAGAACUACAUUACAGGCUAUUUGAUGUGGGACCGGCCUGUCGUCAGGAACAAAAACUCAAAAUGGUACGUGGCAGAGGAACUGUACCCUGAACCGAAAUACCCCACGUACCUGCUGGGAAUGGGAUAUGUUUUCUCCAAUGACCUGUCAGGAAAAAUAGUUGAGGCUUCCAAGAAAGUAAAGGCCUUUAACAUUGAGGACGCAUAUGUGGGCACUUGUCUGAAACAGUUAGGCAUUGCACCCUCAUCUCCUCCAGACCCUUCACAGUUUAGAGCCUAUCUGGGACAAUACAAGCGAGAGGAUUUUCUCAGAGUUAUUACAACAAUCCUGGGAUCCCCGCAGCAGCUAAUAGACAUUUGGAAGGAUCUAAAGAAGCCCACAUAAAAGCACAAACAAACAAAAAGGAGAAACAGAUUUCUGUUUUAAAAGACAGGAAACCUGGUAAGACUAUUUAAGACUUCAGUAAAUGAACAUUUUGAAAUGUCUGACCGCUGAAUCUGGGACCAUGACAUACGCAUGUGGACCUGUUGACACUAUUUUGAUGGAACGAAGGGAUCGUUUGAGGAGCCGCUCAUGCAGUGUCUCGAGACUUGUUUUUAAAGAUAAACUUCUUUUAACAGGAAAUUAACACUCAUGCUUGAGUGGCAAAUGUCAAAUCUCUCGUGAUCUCUCCCUUGCAUUUAUAGCAAUUUUUAAACACUUUCUGAAGACAACAGCCAUCUGGGCAAAAUUGUUGUGAUAACAUUAGCUGGUAAAGAAAGCAAGGGUGCGCAAAACCCACUGAGAUUUGACAAACUGCUCAUGAUGUUCCUCAUUUGUAAGUUGCUUUGGCUAAAACUUUAGAUUUCUAUAAAAAUGCACUGGUCUCAAUUGUAGCCUCUCAUAAUGUAGGCUAUAUUAUGCAAAUUAGGAUAGACCAAGUUAAAAAAGUACGAAUUGGAUGACAUUUACAAAGUACACAGCUGGUAAAAUGAACUCUCACACAGUUCCACAUUUCUGAGCAUUGAAAUAUUACAUAUUUCAUUUAAUGAGUAACUAGUUUUGGGCAGAACUUCCUGCUUGAGUGGGCGGUAGGCCAACUGGGAAGUUCACUACCAGAAAAUAAGCUCUGUGACCAACAAAGGUUUAUGAUUCUUGCACAUUUUAUCACAAUCUACAAAUGAACACAAUCUUUAUGAAUACCGAAGCCUAAAACAGAAUCGCCAACCACCCAGUUUCUAGUUUUAGUAGGCUACUCAUCCUUGCAUCAUAUUGAAAACUAGACUGCAUGGGAUACAUCAACAAUGCGCUGAUCCUUUCCUUAAGACAUUUAGCGCCAACAAAUGGUGACAAUAAACAUUAACACAACAUGCAAUGGGUCUCAUUUAAUCACACACCAGCAUAACGAUUUUUACCGUGUUUUGGUAAGGAUCUACAUAGGAAUUUGUCCUACACACCAAGUUGACAUGAUAUGUAUGAAAAAUGUUGGUAUUUUACAACCUCCAAUGGUUAAAGAGAUUUUCUUUGACAAACCUCAAGUCUUUAGGUAUUCAUGUAUAAAUGCUGCACCCUGCUGGUAACUGUUUGGAAUUAUUUGUUCACAAUCCAAAUACUGUCCAGAUCGCAUGGUCCCAUUGAAACAAUGUUGAGUCAGAGUUGAUGCUUCAACGCCAAUUACAUUGAAUUAACCUUACAAAGUGAUGUUGCUUUAGCAUCACUCUUGCACCCUCAGUUAAUGUUGAAGCAAUACUGAUAUUUUAACCACAAAUCAAUGGUAAUAAUAAUGGUUUAACAUGACAAAGUGAUAUUUUUUCAACACGUCUUUGGCACUGUUGAAAUAAUGUUGAGAUUUCAGCCACAAAUCAACAGUAAUAGCAUCGAUUCAACAUUACAAAGUGAUAUUUUUUUCAACAUCACUUUUGGACCCUAAGUUACUGUUGAAAUAAUGUUGAAAUUAACCAUUAAUUUGUAUAUUAUAUUCUACUGUAUAUUAUCAA